CCAUAGAAAUGGUUCCAAAGUCACGCAGCAUGGCGACAAUUGCCUGAAUCACAAGCGUUUGCCGUCAACGUGUGUCCAAAGUUUUAAUUUUUGGAACUUACGUGAUUUCUGGGAAAAAGGUAUCCUCGUAUACGCCGCAUUGACUCGCCAUGGUCUCCUUAAAUCCAGUGCGAAUCCUCAAAAAUGAGGCUGGAGAAGAGAAGGCGGAGAUCGCUAGGUUAAGUUCAUUUGUUGGAGUCAUAGCCAUUGGAGACCUGGUGAAAUCUACUCUUGGUCCUAAGGGCAUGGACAAGAUACUUGUAUCUCAAGGCAGGUCCGAGGGACAGGUACAUGUCACGAAUGAUGGGGCCACUAUCCUCAAGAGCAUUGGCGUUGAUAAUCCUGCUGCCAAGAUUUUGGUAGAUAUAUCUCGCGUCCAAGAUGAUGAAGUGGGUGAUGGCACUACUUCAGUUACUGUUCUUACUGCUGAGUUUUUGCGAGAAGCCGAAAAGUUAAUUGAAAAUCAAAAGAUUCACCCACAAACUAUCAUUAGUGGUUGGAGAAUUGCUACAAAUGCAGCGCUUGAGGCUUUAAAAUAUGCAUCCACGGACAACUCUGCGGAUCCUGAUCGUUUUCGGGAGGAUUUAUUAAAUAUUGCGCGUACGACAUUGAGUUCCAAGAUCUUAUCUCAGCACAAAGAGCACUUCAGCAAGCUCGCGGUUGACGCAGUGUUGCGUCUUAAAGGCUCUGGUAAAUUGUCCGCGAUUCAAAUUAUAAAAAAACGUGGAGCAACACUUGCCGAUUCCUUCUUGGAUGAAGGAUUCUUAUUAGAUAAAAAACCGGGUGUUCACCAACCACAAAAAGUUUCCGAUGCUCGUAUACUUAUUGCUAAUACAGCUAUGGACUUGGAUAAAAUUAAGGUAUUUGGCUCCAGAGUACGUGUAGAUUCAAUGGCAAAAAUAGCAGAAUUAGAAGCUGCAGAAAAAGACAAGAUGAAGGAUAAGGUUGACAAAAUCUUGAAGCAUGGCUGCAACGUUUUCAUCAAUAGGCAAUUAAUAUAUAAUUAUCCAGAACAAUUAUUUGCUGAUGCUGGAAUUAUGGCUAUUGAGCACGCUGAUUUUGACGGUAUUGAGAGACUUGCACUUGUUACUGGCGGAGAGAUCGUUAGUACUUUUGACAAUCCAGAUUUAGUCAAACUGGGAAAAUGCGAUCUUAUCGAACAGGUCAUGAUAGGAGAAGAUACACUCUUAAGAUUCUCUGGAGUUUCGUUGGGUGAAGCGUGCACCAUCGUUAUCCGUGGUGCAACACAGCAGAUCAUCGACGAAGCAGAGAGAUCACUGCACGACGCUCUUUGUGUUUUAACUGCCACGGUACGCGAGUCAAGAAUAGUUUAUGGUGGUGGAUGCAGUGAAAUGAUUAUGGCUUGCGCUGUUAUGCGAGCAGCCGCAGCUACGCCGGGUAAAGAGGCGGUGGCAAUAGAAGCCUUCGCACGAGCGUUGCAGCAACUGCCGACCAUUAUUGCCGACAAUGCUGGCUACGAUUCAGCGCAAUUGAUUAGCGAGUUGAGAGCCGCGCAUUAUUCCGGCGGCAAUACCAUGGGAUUAGAUAUGGAAAUGGGGAAAAUCGGGUGUAUGAAGCAGCUAGGAAUUACUGAAUCUUGGGUGGUGAAGAGGCAAGUUCUCGUGAGUGCAGCUGAAGCAGCGGAAAUGAUACUUCGAGUGGAUGAUAUUUUACGCGCGGCUCCUAGAAAACGCGUACAAGACAGAGGACGUUGUUAAUUCAUUAAAAAAAAAAAAAAAUGGAAGAAGAUACUUUCGCUUAAAUUUCACAAUUGCUUACAAUUUUUCAUGCAUAUGUGGCCUCUUAAAUUAAUUAAUGUGUUUAAUUAAUACUUAAAUAUUUUAUUGUAUUAGUUUCUCAUCGACGAAAAUGCAUUUGGUAAUAUUAAUGUACUAAUAGCAAGAAUAUACUCCAUUUUUUGAAUGUUAUAUCUUUCAUUUUUAUAUAUAAAAAUUAUAUUCUAAGAUUGAAAUCUCUCACAAAUAAAGUAUUAUACAGUAAGAAGA